AUGCAAAAAGAUAAUGAAAUAAAUAAAUUGAUCAAACAAUCUAUUCCCAAUAGAUGUAGAACAGAGAUAUCACAUUGGAGAAAGGCUUUCAAUUUGGUUGUGCUUGUAAUAGAAAGUAAUGGUAUUUGUCUUGAAGAUUUUCUUGAAGAAAUAAGAGAUUUAAAUAUUAUAUUUAAUUAUCUUCAAGAAGUUGAUCCAGUGGAUUUUAAGACUUUGCUUGAUAAAAUA